GCUAUCUAUAAGAUGGUGGGCACCGUGAUCAUGAUGCGCAUGAACCAGGAUGGGCUCACACCCCAGCAGCGUGUGGACAAGAUCUUUAAGAAGAUGGACCAGGAUAAGGAUGACCAGAUUACACUGGAGGAAUUCAAAGAAGCAGCCAAGAGUGAUCCAUCUAUUGUGUUGUUGCUGCAGUGUGACAUGCAGAAGUAGAGGUUGGUGGGGGGCAGGGCCCCUGACCAGGAGGGGCACGGCCACCUCCCAACCUGAUGUUCUCUCUGCUGGCCCAUCCCCAGGGGGAGGGGCACUCCAGCCUCAUUCUCUAGCCCACCCACUUCUCUGCCCAAGCCUUCCUCCUCUCGGUCAAGUUCCUUGAGGGGCCAUCUCAUCCUGCAAGAGAGACAGGUGUUCUCAAGUACCUUGUCCUCAGAGAGCCUGUCAUCUAGCUCUGCCUCUAGCCUUGGCCCAGAACCAAAAUCUUUUGGGCUUAGGGGAGUUGGCUUUUGCCUCAAAAAGCAGGGUUAAGGAGGGGGGAGCCGAGGACUUGCUUUGAACUCCUGUUCUUCCCAGGGUAAUGCUUUAUAGAAUGUGGUCCCACAGGCCCCCAGUCAAAGGGCCAAAAUUAGGUCUGUCCUUUCCAGAUCCCCUAGAGGUGGUCUCUGUCCUGCCCACUCGACUCUACCUGGCCCCUCUGGCCCCAGCCUUUGGAGCGUUCAUUGAGUCCUUUCUUCAGCUAAUGUUUAUUGAGCACUGUUCAAAGCCAGGCACCUUGAGGUGCUAAGAAUAUGGUUGUUUACAAAAACACAUUUCAUGCCCUUCGGAAGCUCACAGGGUAGCGGGGCAACUUCCAAGGGUCAUGGUCUCAGACAGGGAUGUGGAAUGCAGGUAAGAGGAGGGUGCAGGGAGGCUGGCUAGUUUGGGGAACUAGUGCCUCCUCCAGCUGGCACCACUCAAAACUGCAGAAAGAUGAAAUGAAAAGCACGUGGAAGUUUAGGUGCCUCCUGAGUAGAAGUUUUAAGAAAAAUAAAAAUUUAUGUAAUAUUUAUUUUUUUAGUACCCUCUAAAAGAGCUAAAAUCAUUUUAUUAGAUUAGACUAUUAAAAUAUACUCUAUUACUUGGUUUCUUAUAAAAAUAAUUUUAAAUGAAUAUAGAAAAUGCUAAUUUUCAAGGGGGGAAAAUGCUGAGAUAGAAAGGGAAAAUACCACCAGACUUAAGUAGAGAACCCUCUCUCUGGUCAGGCAGAGUCUGGGCUCUCAGCUUCAGCAGCUUUCGCUGUCUCUACUGUUUCCUUUUAUUGCCCUUUCAAUUCAACGAGUGACUAUU